AUGGGUGAAACAACCACCACCGACAUCAUCCCCCCCGACGAAAUCGACUACAACGACCCUCCCUUCCCCCUCACCGCCAUCGACCGCGAGGUCUUAGCGACGAAAGAUGAGGACUAUCAUAGAAUUACGUGGGAGGACUUGAGGGAGAUUAUAGCGACCAACACCCUCGAGCAACUAAAACGCCUCCCCUCCGACCUGCGCCGCUACCUCGCCUGGUCCCACAAUAUCAAGCGCCAAUACGGCGGGAUAACACCUUUCGUAAUCCAAGAACGGCUUCACUGGACUCCCUCAGAUCCAACUCCAACCCAGACACCACCAACCGCCCCCCCCCCACCAGCCUUCCCUCACCACUCCUCCAUCCCCUUCUCCGACGCCCGCGACUACGCAAUCCUCAAGAACGACUGGCCCUACGGUUUCGAAGCAGGGAUUACACAUUUAAUAGUCUGGAGCAAGACGCCGAUUGAGGUGGAUGCGGAGAGGGGGGAUGUUACGGAGGGUGCUAGGGGGGUGAUUGAGGAAUUUGUUAAGAGGGUUUUUGUGGAUGUGGUGGGAGAGGGGAGGGUGUUGUGGUUUAAGAAUUGGGUUAGUUUGCAGAGUGUGAGGGGCGUGGAUCAUGUGCAUGUUUUGGUUAGGGGGGCGACGGAGGAGAUGGUGGGGAGGUGGUGUGGGAGGGGGGAUGUUUGA